AAACCCAGAAGAGGUCGCUUUUCGUAGUUGCUGUUCCAUCAAUUGCGUCAAAGCCAUAUCAAAACCUUCGCCCUAGCACGCAGCAUACGCCACCCACAAGUCUGACCUUGUUCAACAACACCAGCCAUGGCAGACAUCAGCCUCCCGCCAAUCUCCAGCCUCCCCACGGCACCAGACGAGACCAUCAUCGCAAUGCUGGACCUCCUCUUCGAGCCAUCGCCCGAGAUUCACCGCCUCGCGAUCCCAGCAGUCCGCGGCCAGCAACAGCAGCAGCAGCAGCAGCAGCCUCCGUCCCGGGUCCCCGCAAACCCAGGCCUCACCGCAGAAAUGGGCAACACCUCCACGCCCUUCAGCCAGUCCUCCACCACCACCGGCCCAUACAGCGCCAGCAGCAGCGGGGGAGGCAAGACGCCAUUCAAAGCAACCACCAUCCCUUCCCCCGCUGUUGGCACCGUGACGUCCCAAGCCCAACCAAGCGGCGCGGGGUAUUACUCGAGUUACCCCGAGCUCAUCCGUUCCAUAGGCAGCCUGAUGCUCGAGCUGGUCGACAUAUCCGCCGCUCAGAGCGACAUCGAUGAAUCCUCUUCAUCAGCAGCAGCAGCAGCCACCACCUUCACCGCCACAGACAACAGCAGAGAGCCAGGACCGCGAGCAAAACUGCACAGCAUCCUCGGCUCCCACCCCCGCCUCGGCGCAAAAAAAGUCGACAGCGCGCUCAGCCGCGCCGAGCAGGCCCAGCUGCAACAAGCCCCGCCACCAUCAUCAUCAUCAUCAUCAUCAUCAUCACCACAGCAAGACGGCAAAGAGACAGAAGCCCAGGCCCUCGCGCGCCUCAACGCCCUCUACGAGUCCACCUUCCCGGGCCUGCGGUACGUCGUCUUCGUCAACGGCCGCGGCCGCGACGUCAUCAUGCAGGACAUGCAGCGCCGCAUCGCGCGGGGCGACAUCCGCGCCGAGGAGCGGGCCGGGGUCGAGGCCAUGAUUGAUAUUGCGCUGGAUCGCGCGGGCAAGAUCCUGGCCUAGCUGCUUUGUGCUGGUGCUGGUGCUGGUGGGGAGGCCGGUGGUCAUGAGCACGUCUGGAGGGAGGUAUUCAGCAAGCGGAAGGACCAACAAGUAUGAUUACCUUCAGGUCACUUGGGCCACGUGGUUGGUCGAAUCUAAGCAGGUAGAGGGCGAGACGGGGGGGUUGUUGUGAGGGACAGUCACCAGGCAGGGAACGGUAAGGGUGAACUCGUUCAGAGCACGCCACCAGCAAGGAUCAAAAUCAUUCCCGG